AUGGAAAUGGAUUCAAGCUCGUGCUUUUGCAAGAUCUGUUUGCUCUUGUGUUCGGUGUCGGUGUUGGUGCUCGCAAAUGGAGUCCCCUCCAUCCAUGCACAACCGAAGGUCUUCGACGUGAAGAGCUUCGGGGCCAUUGCCGACGGGCAGACUAACGAUAGCAAGGCAUUUCUCGAUGUGUGGACCCAAACCUGUCACUACGAGGGAGGAAGUGAGAGGAGAUUGCUCGUCCCGCUAGGGACGUACAUGGUCUGGCCGGUGGUGCUCAAGGGGCCGUGCGCCGGCCCCAUCACCGUCACGGUCGAAGGGGUGGUCAAAGGGCCCGUCGACAAGUCAACGUUCUCCCUAGACCAUUGGAUCACCUUCCAGUCCGUCGAUGGGUUGCUGAUCGACGGCGGCGGCACAUUCGACGGCCAGGGGCAGGAGGCUUGGUCUUACAACAAUUGCUCCAAGAAUUCCAAUUGCAAGCUUCUCCCAGUAUCCUUGAGAUUCAAUUACGUCAAGAACGCAUUGAUCAGCAACAUAACUUCGGUCAACAGCAUGUUCUUCCACUUCGUGGUCUUCUCGUGCGAUGCUCUCGAGUUCCGGCACGUCCAGAUAGUCGCCCCCGAUGAAAGCUCCAACACGGACGGGAUCCACAUAGGCCACUCGUCCCGCAUCACCAUUGCCGACUCGGUGAUCUCGACCGGGGACGACUGCGUCUCGGUCGGGCCGGGGUCCAAGGGCGUCAAGGUCGUGGGCGUCCAGUGCGGGCCGGGCCAUGGGUUCAGCGUGGGGAGCCUUGGGAAGUACCCAGGCGAGGCGGACGUGAGCGAGCUGUCCGUGAGCGGUUGUACCAUGGUCGGCACUCAGAACGGCGUGAGGAUCAAGACGUGGCCUUCUCCGCUCGAGAGCAGUGCCUACAAUAUCUCGUUUCAAGACAUCACCAUGAAUAAUGUGUCAAAUCCCAUUAUCAUUAACCAGGAGUACUGUCCAGUCGGUGGUUGUUCGAAGGAGGGCACUUCGGCUUCGCAGCUGGCGGUCAAAAUCGUAUGCAGUCCGAAGGUGCCUUGCGCGAACAUCAAUCUGGAAAGCAUCGACCUCACAUACCCAGGAGGGCACGCGGAGUCGAACUGCACUUACGUGAACGGCGAAUCUCGCGGCGUGCAGAACCCCCCGUCUUGCAUUUAG